AUGAAGAUUUAUUAUAUUGGUAUUCUUAAAACUAAUGAUCCUUCAAAAACUAUAGAAUUAUCAUCUGCUAGAGAUUUAUCUCAAUUUUCAUUUUUUGAAAGAAAUGGUGUAUCUCAAUUUAUGACUUUUUUCAGUGAAACUGUAUCUCAAAGAACGGCAAAAGGUCAAAGACAAUCAGUUGAAGAAGGUAAUUAUAUUGGGCAUACAUAUACUAGAUCAGAAGGUAUUAGUUGUGUAAUUAUAACAGAUAAAGAAUAUCCAACAAGACCAGCAUAUACUUUGAUAAAUAGAAUAUUGGAAGAAUAUUUAAAUUUACAUCCAAAAAAUGAAUGGGAAAAUAUUACUGAGACUAAUAAUAAUUUAGCUUAUCAAAAUUUGGAAAUAUAUUUAAAGAAAUAUCAAGAUCCAACUCAAGCUGAUUCUAUUAUGAAAGUUCAACAAGAAUUGGAUGAUACUAAGGUUGUAUUGCAUAAAACUAUAGAAGGUGUUUUACAAAGAGGUGAAAAAUUAGAUUCAUUAGUUGAUAAAUCGGAAGCUUUAAGUUCUAGUUCAAGAAUGUUUUAUAAACAAGCUAAAAAGACAAAUUCAUGUUGUGUAAUAAUGUAG